ACCCGUAAAGAGGGCCAUCCUUAACUGCUUACAAAAACCGAUUCUGAACCGUGGACAUUAGUUUAAUCAAUCCCAAUUUCAAAUGAACACUUCCGGCGAUAUUGCCUACCAGAAUCUUCGCACUUCUUUUCCUCCCUACCUUCCCCCACCGGAGUUUGCUCCGACGUCUGGUUUUAAGCUCACGAAGAAGCUUCAAUUCCCGAUUAUGAUUUCUACCAAUUGUAGAAGGAACGAGUUUAAAAGCUCCAGCUAUCGAGUGCGGAAUUCUUCUCUGAUGUUCCAAUAUAUGAUGCCUGAAGAUGAUGGAAAUGGAGACGAAAACUUUGAGUCGUUUGGACAUUGGAUUCAUGUUUCGCUUUCGUUGUUUCCUGGUGUUAGUUAUAGUUGGUGGAACUUAGAUGAGGAUAAGCAAGUGCAAAUUGGAGCUGCGAAGCGGAUUACGGUUUAUUUAGCUCUUCGUCGGAUGUGGAAAUUGGUUUGGGAUAGUAAUCGAUGGGUUCUCCUCGUUGCUUUUGGAGCUCUAACAAUGGCUGCGAUUUCUGAAAUUUCCAUGCCGAACAUCUUGGCAGAUUCUAUCUUUUCUGCUAGCCGUGGCAAGACUACUGUGUUCGCUAGAAAAUUCCACCUCUUAGUCUUUCUUUCUAUUACAUCCGGGAUAUGCAGUGGACUGCGAAGUGGCUGCUUUGGACUCGCAAAUAUAAUUCUGGUUAAACGUCUGAGGGAGCUUCUGUACUCGGCUAUUGUUUUUCAGGAUAUAUCCUUCUUUGACAAAGAGACGGUUGGUAAUUUGACAAGCAGACUUGGAGCAGAUUGUCAACAAUUGGCUCAUAUAAUUGGAAAUAAUAUCAAUUUAAUUACACGAAAUGCUCUUCAGGCUACUGGUGCAUUGGCCUAUUUGCUGACAUUAUCUUGGCCUCUUGCAAUAUCUACGCUGGUCAUAUGUUCUGUUCUAUCAGCAAUCUUUCUACUUUAUAGCCGGUAUGUAAUGAGAACAGCCAAGCUGACCCAGGAAUUUGCUGCUUGUGCUCAUGAUGUUGCACGUGAAUCACUUACUCUAGUGAAAACCAUCAGGAUCUAUGGAACUGAAAGAAAAGAAGUUGGAAGAUACAAGCAAUGGCUGGACAGGUUAGCUUUCAUAAGUACUCGAGAAAGUGCAGCGUAUGGAUUGUGGAAUAUGAGUUUCAGUACUCUGUAUAGGUCAACUCAGGUUUUUGCAGUACUUCUUGGAGGAAUAGCUAUUCUGAGUGGUCAGACAUCAGCUGAGCAGCUUACAAAGUAUGUCUUGUACUGCGAGUGGUUGAUUUAUGCAACAUGGAGGAUCACAGACAAUCUAUCAUCUUUGCUAUAUUCAAUUGCAGCAAGUGAAACAGUCUUCCAAUUAAUGGAUCUCUUGCCUAGUGAGCAAUUUUUAUGCAAAGGAGUGAAGUUGCCAGAGUUAAUGGGACAUAUUCAGUUUGUGAACGUGUCUUUUCAUUAUCAUCUUAGGGACAUGCUUCUGGAACAUAUAAAUAUUACCAUACGGGCAAAUGAAGUAGUAGCACUCGUUGGACCUAGUGGCUGCGGAAAAAGCACUCUAGUCAAUCUUUUGCUCCGUCUUUAUGAACCAACCAAUGGUCAGAUUUUUGUUGAUGGUAUUCCUCUGUGGGAAUUGGAUAUUAGGUGGCUAAGAGAGAAGAUUGGAUAUGUUGAACAGGAACCCAAUCUCUUCCACAUGGACAUCAAGUCAAAUAUUAGAUAUGGCUGUCCUAUGAAUACUACGCAAGAAGAUAUAGAAUUGGCUGCAAAGCAAGCAUGUGCUCAUGAAUUUAUCUCAUCUUUCCCCAAUGGCUAUGAUACCAUUGUUGAUGAUAAUCUACUUAGUGGAGGUGAAAAACAACGGAUUGCUAUAGCAAGGGCCAUUCUUAGAAACCCUGCUAUUUUAAUUCUUGAUGAAGCUACCAGUGCUCUGGAUUCUGAAAGCGAACAUUUUGUCAAGGACACUAUUUUUGCGCUAAAAGAUAAUCGAGGUGGACAAAAAACUAUCAUUGUGAUAGCUCAUAGGCUUUCUACCGUAGUUGCUGCAGACAAGAUAUUUGUAAUGGAUAGAGGUCAGGUCAUUGAGAUCGGUAACCACGAGGAGCUCCUCCGCAAAGAUGGGUACUAUGCUCGAUUGGUCAAAGUACAUAAUAAACAUCCGGAUUGAUACCAGAGAUACGACCCAUAAAUCCUCCCAAAGAAAGGUUUGUACUCAAAGUUGACUGACAGCACAAAAACAAGAAUGCCAUCAAACUAGCCCAUCUCUGCCUUCUUUGACAACUUUUACAUUGCCUUAAAAGUGAUGAUAGUUCCUUGCUCGAUGUCUCACUAUGAUUCCAAUGUCAGUCGACAUCUGCUCAUAACAGCUCGGUUUCUUAGCCAAGCGCUCUGGUUCCCUCAGCCAAUAUAGAUUAUGCAAUACUAUCGACUGUUGAAACAUCCAAGUAAUGAGUAUGAGAACGAGUUGAGGUGUAAUUUGUUGUUCCAAAUGGCAAAAAAAUCUUUUACAUCUCCAUGAAAUGUUGGCUUCUGCAGAAAUAUUCAAUGUGAAUGCAGCACAAUAUUUCGUAAUUUCGAUAUAAAUUCAGGUUCAGGUACUCAAGAAUUGUCCAGUA